AUGCUGCUGUUAGUUUUCUUUAGGGCAGCAGAUAAUUGGAAACGAUUUGGGCCAGCAGAUGAGUCGCUUCGCCUUGGCAUGGAAGAGGCGCUGUAUCUCAGUUCGGAGCUUGGCGUACUUCAGAUAUUUUCUAGCGAUGGGCAUCAAAAGUUUGAUCCGAACACUGUCUGGAAGAAAUUUUACCAUCGUUAUGGCAGUCAGUUUAUGAGACGCUAUGUAGUUUAUCGCUUUUUUAGGCAGCAGGGCUGGGUGGUUCGGUCAGGUCUCCAGUACGGUGCUGAUUUUAUUCUUUACUGUGACGGGCCUGAGUACCACCACAGCAGUGCUGCCGUCCGGGUCGUCCCUAGUAGCGAUGUACUUGGUUUUGCAGCACUCAACAGGGAGUUGAAUAAUAUGAAGAAAACACUGAUUGAAGUAUCGGUGAACGUACCGCAAGAUUGCGAUAUCCGAUGCUUAGACUGUGUCCGCUGGAUUACUGUCUCAUUAGCUUCUUCUUUCUUAUGGAAAACGUCCGCUAACCGCUGA